AUGAAAGACCUUGGAACUCUCAAUUAUUUCUUAGGGCUUGAAAUCUCUCAUGAUUCCACUGGUUAUUAUUUGUCACAAGCCAAAUAUGCAUCCAAUCUUUUGGCAUGUCCAGGUCUCACCGAUUGCAAGACUACCUCUAGUCCCAUUGAUCCUCAAACUCGUUUCACUCCUAUAGACGGAGAUCUUCUCUCUGAUGUUACGCUUUAUCGCCAGCUGGUAGGUAGUCUUGUCUAUCUCACUGUGACUUGUCUUGACAUUAUCUAUGUUGUCCAUCUUGUUAGUCAAUACAUGUCGGCUCUCCGCACCCCUUAUUAUACUGCUCUACUAUGCAUACUUUGCUACCUUAAAGGCACUAUGUUCUAUAGACUCCACUACUCUGCUCACUCUUCUCUCAAGUUUCGUGCUUUUCUGAUGCUGAUUGGGUUGGGGAUCCUACUGAUUGACGCUCCACCACGGAUUUUUGUUUCUUCUUAG